AAGAAGAAGAAGAAGAAGAAGAAGAAGAAGAAGAAGUAGACGAAGAAGAAGAAGAAGAAGACGAAGAAGACGAAGAAGACGAAGACUACGACUGUUGUGAUUUAUAAACAUAUGACAGAGGACUGAUGAUCAAGAGUAUGGAUGAUGAUUUCACCUUCUCCUGGUCUCCAUCCUCCCAUUUCAGCUGAGAAUUACUUUUGUGUGUGUGUGUCUGUGUCUGUGUCUGUGUGUCUCAGUCUCAUUCCCUCCCUGUCCACCAUGUUCCUACACACCCUGGCAUUCCAGUUAAAUUCUCUGGUGUGUCUUCACCUCCUCUGCCUGGUGCUCGUCUCCUCCUCCUCAAGACUACCCAAAAAUGUUACAGCUCCAGCCAAACCCCUGAUGCAGCUCAACACAACACAAGCAAACUGCUCCACUCCAUGUGUCAAUGGAGGUUUUGGGAAAAAUGGAGCUGCUCAGGAGAACAGUGAUGUACAAACCAUCCCACUACUGAAGAAAUUGACCUCUAUCUCAGUGCUAGAAAGGGACCAGUCCCCAUCUUCAUCCAACACUCAAACCUCUAUAGGACAAAAAUCAAGUAAAACUACAGCCUUCGUAAUUUUACCCAACCAAUCCACAGCUGGAAACAAUCCGUCCUCAACCUCACCAUUCAAUCAGCAGCCUGUAUUACCAGACCACCAGCUUCCAUUAUCAGAGAUGGACACUCAGCCUGUAGCCCUUCCUCCCACAGGCUCUCUCUCACAGGCUGCUCAGUCUGGAUCCAUUACAACCACCGGUAGUGCACAGCCUGAGAGGAAUGUAAUCACAGCCAUUGUACUUGUGACUUCUCCCGACAUAACAACGCCUACGUCUAAUACGACAGCAUCUACAACAGCAAGACAGUCUGCAACAACAAUAUCAAAGUCUGCAGCAACCACACAUACAAGUCAGAAUGCCACUAUUAUUACCACAGCUGCCUGUACAAAAAUGACACCCCCAACAUCACCGGCACCGGUUACAAAACCAAAUACUGGAAUGCCCACAAUUAACUCCAUAACUGCUGACCGUGCUAUUACUCCUGCCAAUCACAAUAAUCCUGAUACCGCGGAAACAAGUGUUGCUGUGGCAGAAGUAGCAGGGGCCGCUCUGACCAGGCAGCUGGUGGAUAAAGCGUCUUUGUUUGCUGUCUUGCUCUUUGGCCUGCUCUUUUUCUUGGUCGCGGUGGCUGUUUUCAUCAUCCAGGCUUACGAGAGCUACAGGAGGAAGGACUACACCCAGGUGGAUUACCUGAUAAAUGGCAUGUACUCAGACUCUGGGGUAUGAGCGUGGAAGAAGCUAAACACAGCUUGUGGAGGGUGUUUGUUUUUGCACCUGGAGUCAAACAUUUCAGACAGGCUGGUAACACUAGUGUUGUGAAUUCACAAGGUGAUUCAGUUGUCUGGACCAAAAUCCAAUAGUUAACUGACUUCAAAGCAGCAUUUACUUUUUUGUUCAUCACAAAAUACUUAGUUGUCUUGACUCUUUUUUUGUGAUUGUUUCAAUGUAAAAAGUUUGCCUUUCCAUUUAUUAUGCAGCCAAAAGAUUAGUUACCUGUAUGUAACUCGGUUACUAGGUUCUAUGAAUCAAUGCAGGCUUAAGCACAGGAGAGAAUCUCCUUCACAUUGCUUGUCAGUCGCGCUGCAGUUGGAUCCAAGCUGGGGGUUUUAUGUCAGGAGAAAAAACAAAAGUGACAGUAAUGUGAUUUUCAGUUCAUUUCAAUUGGUUUAGUCACGUUAAAUAGCUAUUUUUAAAAGCAAACGCAGACCCUCGAGCCACAGUGGAAUUUAGGAAUAUCAAUAUUGUGUGCUCUGGGAACUUUUUUAUCUUUCAGGUCACAGUUACAUGACAGCUUUUACGGAUAUUUCAGCUUAAUUGUAACUUUCUUCUCUAUAUUAAUGUUUUAAAUAUCCACGUUAUAAGUGGUUUAGAUGAGCUAGAGAAAUGAAUGAAUUUUUUACAGCCUCUCUAAAUGAAGCUACUUUGACCUUUGAAUAGAUAGAAAGUUGGCAAACAAGAUACAACUUGUACUAUUUUUAUUAGAGUUGAAUUAUCCUUCAAAUGCAUGAAAUACCAGUCCAGUGAGUAGCAGAAUGGUUCUAUGAAGGAGAUCAGACCUGAUAUAGCCGUGUGUGUGAAAGCCUGAUUCGUGAGUUCCAGACCAGAAGUUUAUACAAUGUGGCAUCUGGUUUAGUCAGUUGACCAGAAAGAGAGAGAGAGACCACCAUGUCAUCUUGGGCAAAUCAUCGAGUUGACAAUGUUGUUAUCGCCUUUCAGUGAGUAAUUAUUGCUUUGGUGUUUUUCUGCUGUGUGCAUGAGCAACUGGAGCUUUGUUAGCUCACUGGGUUUAAGUCAGUAGCUGCUUUGCUUGGUAAUGAUGUUAAGGAGGAAGGUCACAAACAAAAAAGGCUCCCAUUUUUUAUCAAUUAAACCUUACUCGUUUUUCGUAAAAAAUCAAACGAUGACGCAACUCCAGUACUAACAAUUUCGAAAGGUGUUUAAUUAAAAGGAUUGUUCACCCAGAAAUGAAUAUUAACAUCUACUCACCCUAUGCCUAUGGAAUUAACUCGAUGUUAAUGACCACACAAGCAGUAUGUAUUCAUGUUGUGAUUUUUCUGUUUUAUUACAUUUAAAGAAGGACUCAACAUUUACUUCAGUUGUUUUGGAUUCUGCUCUAGCAAAGUUUUCCCCUGAGACUCCAGGAGGGUUUUGAAGACUCAAACACUUCACCCACCCCUCUAUUGGCAUAGCGGUGAGUAGAUAAUGAGUGCAUUUUCAUUUUUGCGAUGAACUAUCCUCUUAAGUUAGUUAGUUUUAUUGAAAAUUAACACAUUUUUCCAAACCAGGCUCCAGCACUAUGAAGGUAGGAUUUUGAGAAGAAACAUUGUGUUACCUGGCUGUUGUUGGACAGAAAUAACUCAAGUGUUAACAGCUUCAUGUAUCUGAAACUUGUCCAACUGUGGUUAACAACUAAGAAAACUAUUUCCCAAACACUGUACUGUACCUUGAAUUACAUUUAAGUCCAACAGCUUUCAUUAAUGGAAUGACAUUUCAGUCAUUUUCUGUAAAUAUUGUUCAUUUAGCAAAUGUUUUCUUUGCACUGAAUCACGGGAAGGGGACCAUACCAGAGAGUUGAUUUCAAUAGUGUUCCUCGCAAAAAUCGUGCAUUAUUAUCUGCAUCUUUGUCAUCUUUAUCCUGGUUUUCAUACCUGUAUGGAUUAUUUCAGCAAUGGUAAGGUGCUCUUGUUUGCAUAGAGGAAUUCUUACAUAUUUACUUUAAAAUCAUGGAAGCGAAAGUAUUGCGUUUAUGUUAUUGUUUAGUGUAUGUUUUGUGUAUUAAUCCAUUUGUCUGUCCCUAUUCAUGACCAACAUCUGGUUAAGUGGUUGAUUAUCAGAUUGCUUCUAAAGCUUUAUGUUGACCGUAUUACAUUUUCUCAUGUUUUUUUUAAGAUAUUUAUAUAUCACUGAUCAACAUGAAUAGGAAGCCAUUCACCCAUCUACCUUUUAACAUAUUCCUUCGGACAAGAGUUUUCCUCUGAAUGAUGACUUCCAUACAUGUUUUAAAGAUAUAGAUUUCUGUUAAAACAAUUUUAAGAAAUGAAUUAAUUCUUCAAUUCAUAUCCAUAAAAUUCUCUUGAGACUAUCUCUCCACUCUGUUACAUAUUUCAUAUUUAAUGGGAAUGAUCCCCCUGCUUUCAAGGUGCAUGAAUACUACUUUAAGACACUACUGCGGCUUGCCCGCCCACGGCCUACAGACAACCUAUAAAUCACAUGUGUUGUCGUGGAAACAGUUGAUUGUUUGAUCUCCACCUGAGUCAGGGGGAAGUGUGCAAUUUCAGAAAAGCAAGUGUGUGCACGCGUGCGUGGUUAUGAAAGCAUGUGCUAUACAGCAUUGUGUCCACUUGCCUAUCGUUAAGUUCGUCGUCCGUCUCCAGGUAGCCUCUCUUGAUUGUUGUUUCCGUUUUCGUUCCAUGCCAGUGGAGGGCUGGGUUAAGUGUUUCAGUCCACAAGAGACUAUCUCUCCAACUCAUAGGCUGCUCGGAGAUGUGUCAAUCAAACCAUCAACUGGUUCCACGCCACCACAGGUGUUUUCAUAGGUAAAUUGUAGGGCCUGGCCAGACAAGCUGGUGUGUCUUAAAGAGGUAUCCACACAUCUCGAUACAGCAGGGCGAUCAUUCCCCGUACAUAUGUAAUAUGUAUGUUGAGAGAUAAUCUCUUUACUCAGAGAAGGUUAUGUGAAUGUAAUGUGAAUGCAGAGAUUUCAGUGGGAGUGACCUGUUGUUGCAACAAAAUCUCUUGUAUAAUGAUUGUCUGAAGGUUUGAAUUGCAUCACAUUUAAUGAUAAACUUAUUGUCUGUAUGUGUUUAAAUUGCUAUAGUUAUGAACAUGAUGUGAUAUAAUGAUUAUGGACAGAUUUCUUAAUCAGUCAUUAACCGCAAUAAUUUCUCAGUGUUUUAACCAGAAAUUGGUAACUUCACAGAAGUCUGUGUCUACGCUGCAUAAUUAAAUGCCUUUAUUACUUUGCCAAAUAUUUUCUGAAGCACAUUACUGUAUGACAAAGCCAAGUCAAACAUAAAGCCAUUGUCAGAUUGUAUCUGAAUGAAAGGAAGAUGCAUUAAUUGAUCUAAAAACUCAUGCAGCAGUUGUUCUUAAAUUACAUUUUUUUAAAUGUAUUUCUGUAAUAUACAUUGUAAUAAAAAUUAUAUUUGGCCUGUA